GCGACCAUCACACACAACAGUGAAGGAAGAUAAGCGACCAUCACACACAACAGUGAAGGAAGAUAAGCGACCAUCACACACAACAGUGAAGGAAGAUAAGCGACCAUCACACACAACAACAUGGCCACUGAACGCUACAGCUUCUCCCUUACUACUUUCAGCCCCUCAGGGAAGUUGGUACAGAUAGAAUAUGCACUUGCAGCAGUGGCUGCUGGAGCUCCAGCAGUAGGUAUUAAGGCCAAGGAUGGUGUAGUAUUGGCUACAGAGAAGAAGCACAAAUCUAUCUUAGUAGAGGAGCAUUCCAUCAUCAAGGUAGAGAUGAUCACAGACCACAUAGGCAUGGUUUACAGUGGAAUGGGCCCAGACUAUCGUCUUCUGGUUCGUCAGGCUCGGAAAGUUGCACAGCAGUAUUUCCGCACUUACCUGGAGACUAUCCCUACUACACAGCUAGUUCAGCGUCUAGCAGCUAUCAUGCAGGAAUAUACACAAUCUGGUGGAGUAAGACCAUUCGGUGUGAGCCUCCUCAUCUGUGGAUGGGACACAGACCGACCAUAUCUCUUCCAGUGUGACCCCUCAGGUGCUUAUUUUCCAUGGAAAGCCACAGCCAUGGGUAAGAACUUCAUAAAUGGGAAGACCUUCUUGGAAAAAAGAUACAAUGAAGACCUUGAGCUGGACGAUGCUGUACACACUGCUAUAUUGACCCUUAAGGAGAGCUUCGAAGGUCAGAUGAGCAGCGACAACAUAGAGAUUGGUAUCUGCAAUGCAAAGGGUUUCCGUAGACUUACUCCUGCAGAAGUUCAAGAUUAUUUGGCAAAUAUUGCAUAAUUUAUAGUAUCACUAAGUUUAGUAAACUUCUCAUGGAAUAGGUACUGUUAAAAUUUCUUAUACUUUUUCAUUGUUACUAUCUGCAACUAUAUUUUUAUUUUUAAGUGUUCCUUAUUUCAGUAGAGCACUUCAGUAAUUCUGACAUUAUCAUUAUGCAUUAACUACUGUAGAUUAAAUAUACAAAGGAAAACACAAGUGUUUCAUACUGUCUUAAUAACAUUAUUCCGAUGCAAGAAUUUUCAUAAAAGAAUAAAAAGUUACUAUAA